GGUAAUAAGUAAGCCCCACCUUUAACUAACUCAUCAGUCUCCGCAAUUUGUUACCGAAUUUUAAGCUUUUUGUUUGCAUUCUGGCUCAUCUCGUCGGGUCAUCCCUUUUUGCAGAAGAUCCCCAGGUUGUUAGAAUUCCGGGUGUUGAAUGGCGAGGACGAAGAAGACUGCAGGAGGUCGCAAGCAGAAGCAUGCUACAACUGGGGUGGCCAAGAAUAAGGUGAGCCCUGCAGUGAAGUUCACUGACAUGAGGGCGAAUGCGGGACAGAAGUUGAGCAUCGCGGGUGCCAAAAUGUCCGAGAAGAUGACGCACUUCCGUGCGAAUGUCAUGCUCAAGCUGUACCGGUUGCAGCACCCGACUCACCCUGUCAAAAGAGUGGCUGCCAAAGAGAGCAUCCUGAAUAUGAAGGCGGCUGCUACAGAGAGGAGAAGGCAAAAAGUGGCCAGAGCUAUUGACGUUGCCGCUAGAAAGCGUGCGCAAGCACGUGAACGACGCGCUGUUGCUAUGGCUCGGCAUACAUAGAAGUUGAAUGUAUUUGCUUCAUCUGCAUAGUGUAACCAUUUGUAUAUAGACAGAGUCUUGUGGGGUGAAUUGGAGGUUUCAUGAGGUUAGGAUUUUCAAUAAGCAGAGAAACUCUAUCGGGUUUUACUUGUAGAACGAGGAUUGUAAUAUUAUCUCAAAGUGCAAAUUGUUUUAACGUCUGGAAUCUACUUCACGUCGGCCUCCAGAACAUGUUGCUGGUCA